UAAGCGGAAGUUCCGGUCGGGAAUCGGUGCUAGCCUUUCAGCCGGAGAGUUUAGCCAACGCAGGUGGGAAUAAUAUUGUUUUAACGUGGAUUAUUCCUAGUUUGAACCAUCAAGGCGCAGGUGAGGAGGUGGACACUGUCUCCGAUCGCCUGGUUGAACUUGUCAUCGCUCCAAAAAACAACCUGCCGUUGGUGAACUUUGGAAAAGUGGAGUUCUAAGUGAAUGGCUGAAGGCUCCUCUGAUCCACCUGACCUCAGCUCUGAUGGGCCGUCACACCAGCACAGACCUAGAAGAGGCCGACCCAGACACAACGGCGAUCGAAACCUGAGCAGUAAUAGCCAUGAUCCGUCUUAUCAAUAUGGGCAUUUUCAGCAGUGCGUUAAACCACCGAUUGGUUCUAAUCAUUUUAAUUAUUCAGAGUAUAACCAUCCUCCGUAUCAAGGAGAGGAUGUUGCUAGGAAGAGAGGCAGAGGAAGAGGAAGGAGAGAAGGAAACAGAGGGUUAAACAGGAAUUUGGCAGGUUCAGGCCCUCGGGGGCAAAAACACAUUGGUGACUUUGGCCAGUAUGAUGCAAGUCAUAGAUACACAGGUGGCUACCAGUCAGAUCCCAUGGAUGGGCCUGAUGCUCCCAACUGGAGAAGAGGUGGUGCAAAUAGAGAUUUUGAGCAAACUAACAAGGAGCGGGAUGCUCCAGCUCAAAAUUCCAGUAAAAGGGAGCUUAAGAGGGGCGAACGGAUGGAGGAAAGGGAUCAUACAAGGGAGAACAACACAACCGUACCAGGCUACAGGUUUCAAAGUAUCCGAGGAGAAAACUAUUUUUCUGAGACCAACAGGAGAACUCCACAGAGCAAAUCAGGCACUCAGACUCAACAUUACGACCAUCAGAAGAAACACGACGACCCAAAGAGACGGCACGGACCAAUCAAACCCCCUAAAGCACCGUCUCCAGAAGAGGUGAGUUCAGAGAGCGGUGCUGGUGGUCAGCAUGACCCAGACUUCAGCAGAUCUUCUCAGGAUCCCGUCUGUAAGCCUGGAAGAGGCUCGGGACCUCAAAGACCUUAUCAGAGCCACGGAGGGAGGAGAACUAACCGUCAGAACAAGUCGGGUCAGAGCAGCUCAGAGAAGAUGCCCAAGAGCAAAGAAACGCAGACAGGAUGUCUGAUUGAACAGCUGUCGGAGGAGAAGUACGAGUGCAUGGUGUGCUGCGACGUGAUUCGGGUUAUGGCCCCGGUGUGGAGCUGCCACAGCUGCUUCCACGUCUUCCAUCUGAACUGCAUCAAGAAAUGGGCUCGAUCUCCAGCCUCUCAGGCAGACGACUCGGCUGAAGGUUGGCGUUGUCCCGCCUGUCAGAACGUUACUCUGAAACACCCGACCACCUACACCUGCUUCUGUGGUAAAGUGACGAACCCUGAGUGGCAGCGCAGUGAGAUUCCCCACAGCUGUGGUGACAUGUGUGGGAAGAAGAGGAGCGGUGUGGACUGCAACCACCCCUGUAACAUUUUGUGUCAUCCUGGUCCUUGUCCUCAGUGUCCCGCAUUCAUCACCAAGUCCUGCGUCUGUGGGAAGACAAGUCAGCCGAUGCGCUGCGGCCAGGCUUCGGCGCUCCAGUGUGACAAAGUGUGUGGAGCUUUACUCAACUGUGGUGAACACACCUGUGUGCAGGUGUGCCACAGCGGGACGUGUCAGCCCUGUCAGCUGAAGGUCCAGCAGGUUUGUUACUGUGGCGUUACUCUUCGCACCGCCGCCUGCGGCACAGAUAAGGAAGGAUUUGGCGGUUCUGGACAUUUCUCCUGUCAAAAGUUUUGCUCCAAGAUGCUGAGCUGUGAAGCUCACCGGUGCCAGCAGGUGUGUCACCGUGGGCCGUGCCAGCCAUGUCCACGCUCACCCAGCCUGGUGAAGACGUGUCCCUGUGGUCAGACCCCGCUGUCCAAACUCCUGGAUCUGGGCUACUCUGAGCGGAACAGCUGUUCCGACCCCAUCCCCUCUUGUGGGAAGAUGUGUAACAAGCCCUUACCCUGUGGCUCCAAUGAAACCAUCCAUUUGUGUCAGAACCUGUGCCACGAGGGCGCCUGUGGGCCGUGCUCUCUGACCUCAACGAUCAGGUGUCGCUGUGGCUCCAAAACAAAGGAGGCUCCAUGUGAGAAGAUCCAGAAAGAAGAAGAGCUCGUGUUCACGUGUGAGCGACGCUGCAACAAGAAGCGCUCCUGUGGUCGACACAAGUGCGGUGAACUUUGUUGUGUGAGCGUGGAGCACAAGUGUUCCCUAAUCUGUGGCUACAAGCUGAACUGUGGCCUGCACCGUUGCCAGGAGCCGUGUCACCGUGGAAACUGUGAACCCUGCUGGCAGUCCAGUUUUGAUGAGCUGACGUGUCACUGUGGUCUCAUGGUGCUGUACCCACCCGUCGCCUGUGGCACUAAGCCGCCUGAGUGUAAAAACUUGUGCACAAGACGGCACGAAUGUGACCAUCCAGUGUUUCACAACUGCCACAGCGAGGAGAAAUGUCCCCCGUGCACUUACCUCACCCAGAAAUGGUGCAUGGGAAAGCAUGAGCAACGCAGCAACAUUCCAUGCCAUCUGCAAGACAUUUCCUGUGGCCUGACGUGUAACAAGCAGCUGCCCUGUGAAAUGCACCACUGCAAACGCCUCUGCCACCGGGGGGAGUGCCUACCCCAGGGAGGCUGCCAGCAGCCCUGCAUGCUGCCUCGUCCAGACUGCAGCCACCCGUGUUUAGCUCCCUGUCAUAAAGGCAGCGCCUGCCCAUGCUCCACCUGCACGGCAAAGGUUGCUCUGCAGUGUGACUGCGGUCGGAGAAAGGAAACGGUUGGCUGCAUAGAAGCUGCUAGUUCCUAUCAGAGGUAUGCCGCCAUCACCAUGGCCAGUAAGCUGUCAGACAUGCAGCUGGGUGACUCCAUGGACAUCGGGCCGCUCCUCACCAAGAAAGAGCUGAAACAGACUAGGCUUGAAUGUGAUCAAGAGUGCGCCACCCUGGAGAGGAACCGGCGUUUGGCCGAGGCGUUGCAGAUCGACUCGUCAUCUGACCCAUUCAACGUUCGCUCCACCUCUCUGUACAGCGACAGCCUCAAAGAAGACGCCAGAAAAGACUUGAAGUUUGUCUCAGAAGUGGAAGAAGAGAUCAGGAGUCUGGUGGAACUCGCCAAUAAGGGCAAGCAGCCUAAGAGGAGCCACUGCUUCCCGCCGAUGAACAGAGAACACCGGAAGAUCAUCCACGAGCUGGCUGAGGUCUACGCCGUGGAGAGCGUGAGCUACGACAGCGAGCCCAAACGCAACGUGGUCAUCACAGCCCACAAAGGGAAGUCGUCCUGUCCAAACUCAACCCUGACAUCGGUGAUAGAGCGGGAGACGACCACCAGGGCGCCUCCUCCCAUCGCUCACUUCAAACAGAGCAGCAGCAAGAGCACGAGUGGAGGCACCUGGUCGAAGAUGGUUCAAGACGAGCCUGUGGUCGAUUACUUUGAUGUUCAGGACUGAAGGAGAAUAAAGCUGAAGUGGAAAACCCCUUCAAGAUCUGCCCGGAAACUCACGUUUGCAUCUUCACUAAAGAGUCUGAGCCGUUUCAGAUCUAAUGAAUACUAAUGAAGAAAGAGUUGAAUUUAUAGAAGAUUUUCACUAAAUGAUGCAGAAUCAGUCGAAUCUAGUUAAAAGUACGUCUUUGUGAUUUUGAUGAGCUAAAACAGCCACAUCUGUCAGGUUUCUGCUCCCCAGUAACUAUUUUCAGCCACAGGAUUUGUUUUUGCUGCUGGUGCUGAGCCAAAGACCUGCGCUGCUGAUGGAGGGAGUGGGCUGCACUGCGGAAAGAAAAGCUUUGUUAGAACGUAGCUGUGACCCAGUUUGAGUUCAGCUACUUUUCUGAAAACUUCCUCAGUAAAAGCAGGAAGCCUUUUGAGGUCAGGCUGGUACAGAUUUUCUCCAGGACGUUUCAGCAGAGCAGAUAGUGCAUCCUUUUAAUUUUCACUCCUGAAUCCUUUUGAUGCUUUUUUGUGAGUAAAGAUGCUGACUUGAGUCGGGUUGUGUUGGCGGGACAUCGGACCCCUGCCUCACCGGGUGGACACUUGCAGAUGUGAAGGUCGUAUUACCUUGAAAAUAAAUCUGACCACCAA